AGAUCACGUCAUACUGCGCAUGCGUGGAUCCAAGGUGAAAAAAAUGGAGUAGCGGAUAAGAGAGUUGAGGAUGAGAGGAGAGGAAAAACACUAAAAACUGAGAUUAUUAUUAUUAUAUUUAUUCUGAUCCACAUCUCCGACGGUGAGUUCAUCUUCAUCCUGCUCUUCCUCUGUUUAGAUUCACUCUGUCUGGUUAGUGAGGUCAGGUAAACAUACGUAAACUAAGAGGACAGGUGAGCAGCUCAGCUUCAGAUCACUUUACUAAGUCUUAACUUGCUUUCACUCUCUAACAAACAUGUCUGUAUGUCACCCUGUAAAACUCUCUGCCUGUGUGAGUGUUUAUCUCUCCGUGUGUGUUUAUUUCUGUGUAUUUCUGUGUGUGUUACAGUGGGACACUCAGCAGGAUGGCCAGCGUGAGUUAUUUUCAGCUGUUUUUGACUCAAACUUUCUUAACACACACUUUGAUCAGGUGUAAUUGUCCAGUUAUAGGGGGUUUCUAGUGAAAUAUCUCGUGGUUCGGCCAUUAUAAGAGCUGUUUGACUCCCAAUCUCCCGAGAAUGGAAGGAGAUUGACUGUUUCAAUAUCACCUCCUGUAGCCAAGGAUACACUAAAUCAUCCUUUAGGAUACACUAAACCAUCCUUUAGGAUACACUAAACCAUCCUACAAGAUACACUAAACCUUCCUUUAGGAUACACUAAAUCAUCCUUCAAGAUACACUAAACCAUCCUUUGGGAUACACUAGACCAGCAGAAGACGUCGGAUCUAAACGAUUUCUGCCGACUUUGCAGAGUCAACUGCAGAAUUAAUGGGGUUCUGAAUGAACGGGGCUUUGAAAAGUCCCGCAGCAUGUGUUAGACGUCACCACUACACAUGGACCAAUCAGGGGCUGCCUUUCCCUGUUGUCCGGGUAACAGUGGAAACACGGUCUCUGAUUGGCCCGGUUAUUUUCUGAUCGGGAAUACACGCUCUCUAUGGGCCGAAGUCCAGACUGUGGUGGGAAGGAACGUCAAGUGAUUCACGCAAUAGGAUAGCCAGGCUAAGCAUCCAUGGCUUCAAGGAGGGACAUCUGGUUAUGUGGCUGAUGGUCAUACACCUUCCACGCCAUGCAGAAAAGAACUCCUCUAUGGAAUCAGCUGUGGUUGGCCCAAUUUACCCAACAUAAAUCAGCUGUGUGUCAAUUAUUCAAUUGUUUGUGUAUUUAUUGUUUUUGAACUAAUAUCAUUGCAAUAGCAGAGGUUUUUAUACUGUAUCUAAGGUUUGGAAUAUUGUUUUUUCUAUUGUGGGAUGUUGUGUGAUAACAUUCGUAAAUAAUACAAAAAUAAUCCAUAAUUUUGUUGGGAGGUAAAGCUUGUCUGUUAAGAAAAUGUAAGCAUUGUGGAAAUGUGUUCACUGACUGCAUAUUGUGUGAAAACGACAUGAAAUGUGUGAACGGUAUGGCCACAAAAGGCUGAUGCUGUGCUAAUUGUGUUUAGAGUUUUGAAAAUGUGACAAUGGUUGGACAAAAGAAUGUUAGCGACUGGAAAAAAAUGGAUUUGAAAUGAAUCAAACAUGAGGAUAAAUAUCUCUCUCGCCCUCUCUGCAGGUGUUGAGCAGCAGGGGGCGUCUAGUCUCUUACCUGUCCGGUGUUCAGGUUUUGGUCGGCCGGGUUUCUUCAGUCAGAACUUUUUCUGCAGUAAGACCCGAUGAGCCUCACGUCACCAUGACAACACAUGACUCAGGCAAGUUUCCGAUAACUAUUAGUCAGUUUGACCUGAAACCUCUCCAUGACGCAAGUGACCUUUUAUAGUUUGCGGAUUCUGAUACUGCUGAUCAACAACCAGGGUUCACCGUCAAUAACCAGGCUAACCUUACCUAUCAAUACCUAUACUCAUCAAUCACUAAAUUCAACAAUAACUAUACCCAUCACUUACUAUACUCAUACCUCACUCAGAACAUUUGAUUAUUAUGUUUGAAAUCAACUGUGAGUCUCUAACUGACUCUUUAAUUAUUAAUAGCAAGCAAGAAAACAACCACAGUCUGUCAGCUUCAAAUCGAUGAACAGUCAUUUACAUCAAUUAAUAGUCAUUUAUAUCAGUGAGCAGUCUGUUUAUAAAUCAAUGACCUUUAUUGCUUUAUGUUUUUGUUUGGCACAGACACAGUUAAAGGGUAUCUCUUUGCUUAUUCAGACAGACAGACAGAAGAAGAAAAUGACUACCUAUCAAUAUUUAUCCCUUAUAAUGCAUUAUAAGUCUGUUACUCCCCCUUAUUUUUAAGGUAAAUUAGUUAAUCCUUCAGUUAGAGCUGAUUAGCUAGUUUUACCCCUCUCCUUACAGGUAUGAAGACUGUGUGGCCUGAUGAUAUCAUAGGCCCAUUUGGACCUCAGGACAGGCGCUUCAUGUUGCCAGGUAACACUGGUUUUGACCUCCAGCUGUCAGGUCUGACAGAGCAGAAGACAAAGACGAGUCACAUGAACCUUCCUGAUGUUCUGACCACCCCCUCCUCAUCUGAACGUCACCUGUCCAUCCUGACCCAGGUGGCCUGUGACCUCUGUGUGAGUACUGUUUACUAAACUGUUUCCAUGGCAAAGCAUAUUCAGACGGAAACACCUGCACGUGGUAACAGUUACCGGAUCUGAGGACAGUUUGAUGAGUCUAAUGGAAAAAUAAGGUCCAUGAUGAUUAAAUAAUGAAGUGCUGUGUGUGUGUGUGUGUGUGUGUGUGUGUGUGUGUGUGUGUGUGUGUGUGUGUGUGUGUGUGUGUGUGUGUGUGUGUGUGUGUGUGUGUGUGUGUGAAAAGGACACAGAUGGCUCCGCCCCCUCCCAGACUGUCAGUCGGGCUGAUCAGUAUUUUGAUCAAUCCAGGGUGGAGUGUGUGAUUCAGAACUGUCCUGAGCUGCUAAAGAGAGGUAACCAAAACUCCAAAUACACACUCUCUCUCUCUCUCUCUCCAAGUCUCUCUUUCUCUGUCUCUCCCUCUCUCUCAGUUUCUCUCCCUCUCUCUCUCUCUCUCUCUCUCUCAGUCUCCCUCCCUCUCUCUCUCUCUCUCAGUCUCUCUCCCUCUCUCUCUCUCUCAGUCUCUCUCUGGUUUCUCUCUCUCUCUGUGUCUCUCCCUCUCUCUCAGUUUCUCUCUCUCUGGUUUCUCUCUCUCUCUCCCUCUCUCUCUCUCUCUCUCUCUCUCUCUCUGACCCUUACUCUCACUGAAAAGGUGAACCUGACUGUAUUAUUGUGAGGGUCUAGUUCUCCUUGUGUCCAGCAGGAUAUGCUAUUCUAACUUGUUAGCGUUGUGAGUGUUCAUGUGUCCGUCUCUCUGUCUCCUGACUAUGUGAUGUUGCAGACUUCUUGUCCAUGUUCCCUGAAGCCCCUCCCACUGAUAUGAUGGCUGUCACAGUGACUCAGAGGACGAAAAACGACAUGAGUGGCUGGAGUGCAGCGGUGGAGGAGGAGAGGGAGGAGCUGCUGCACACGGUCAGAACACCCACCUUUUUGUUCCAUGUAUUGAUGUAAUAAAAAUAUUAAUUAUUUUCACUGAUGGACGAACAGCCUGAAGGAAAUGUGAACACAUAGACAGGUAAAGGUGAGCAACAGCCUACAUGACCUCCAUAACCACUUACAUGAUGACCUACUUUAAGCCUACAUUCAGCCUUGGUGUGUUUCUGUUCUCCUGCUGUGUGGGGAUUUGAAUCCAGGAAGUGUGCCUUCACACCUAUUCCUGUAUUUCUUUUGUUGUAGUUUAUUGAUGGAGCUCAGCAGAUCUGUGUGGCGCUGCAGAGUGAAGGCUUCUGGGCUGACUUCAUUGACCCCUCAUCAGGCCUGGCUGUAAGACCCACACCUUUCUCUGUUGUCAUGGUUAUAGUGUGAUGGGGUAUGAACCACACUUAAGUGUGCUGGCACAUGAUCAUCAUCAUCAGUCUUUAUUUAUAUAGCACUUUUCAUACACAACAAUGUUGCACAAAGGGCUUUACACAGAAAAAGGAAUAAAGGAAACAAAGAAGACCCAAAUCUGUCCCGACCCAGGAAUAAAAGAAUACCUAAUUCUACCCCAGCCCAACCCCUCAUUCCCACCCCACCAUCUAAAUGCAACAAAAUAACAGUAUUAAAAUGCAUUAACUCAACUCAACUUUAUUUGUAAAGCACUUUAAAACAACCACAGCUGAACAAAGUGCUUUACAUAAAUAGACAAAACAACGCAGACAUAAAAAACAAUCAAAAAGCAAUUAAAACAAUGGAUAAAAUAAAAGCAGACAUUAAAAGUUAAAAUAUAGUUUCGGUGUUUUAAAAAACUAAUUUAAAAACAAUAGAAACAAAUAACUAAAAACAAACCAUAAAACACUAAAACAGGAGCCGAGUCUCAUGCAGGGUUGAAACCCAAUGAAUGAAAAUGGGUUUUAAGAUGAGUUUUUAAAACGGACAGUGUGGGGGCUUGUCUGAUUUGGAGGGGUAGCUCUUUCCAUAAUAUUGGGGCUGCAACAGAAAAUGAUCUAUCCCCUCUGAGCUUCGGUUUGGACCUCAGUACCUCCAGGAGCUGCUGAUCAGCUGACCUGAGGCACCGAGCAGGGGUGUAGGGGUGGAGAAGCUCAGAGAACUUCAAAAAGGCUUGAUUUUGUAGAAACAGGAGUGUGCGCACUGAGAAAACGUCAUUUUAAAACUCAAGAUAUGGAAACACUGGAGGUUAAGGUUAAAAUCUAAAAACAAAGUAACAAUGAAAUUUAAGAAAUAAUAAAUUAAAUAAAAUAAAAACAACAGUAAAAGAUACUAAAAUAAGAGCACCAAAAUAGCUCAAUAAAAGACGAUCCUGUCGUUAAAACUAGAAAGGGAUAAGUUAAUGAUAUGAAAUUUAGUUAAAAGGAAGAUUAAAAGAGUUUGGUUUUAAAGUCAUGAUGACUAAAUGAUGAUUUGUUAUGAUGAUUGAAAUAGUGACCAUUACAGUGGCGUGUCUCUCCCCUUCUUCCCUCUCCUCUCUCUCAGUUCUUCGGCCCCUACACUAAUCUCCCCCUCUUUGAGACGGACGAGCGGUACGGUCAGCUGGGUUUCAAGGUGGAGGACCUUGGCUGCUGCAGGGUGAUCAGACACUCUCUGUGGGGAACCAACGUUUUUGUGGGGACCAUUUUCACCAAUGCACCGCCCAGCAGUGACAUCAUUAGGAAACUGCAGGGCAGCUGAACCGUGGCAUCACAGUUUAUGCCAUUACACUGACACUGUGAACAUACGCACACAUGCAGACACACACUUACACAGACACACUAUCAUAAGCUGAUUGUCUGUAUAUCUGAACUCUGUUUCUGUUUAAAUAAAGUGUUUUUAAUAUUUAACUUCA